AAAUGGACUAUAUACUUGUUGAACCAGAGGAAGAAAAGAAUGUGUCACCCACCUGCAAGACACCAACUGUUGGGAUUGUGGUAGAUUUUAUAGAAGGCCCAAACUUGUCGAAUACAGAGAAUCGUUCAAACGAAGAGAGCAUAACAACUACUUUUCAAGAUUCUAUCCCUGUUUUCGAAAGAUACUGUAUACUCCUUGAACCACAAGGAGAAAAAAAUGCGUCACCCACCCACAAGACACCAACUAGUGGGCAAACAGAGAUAGGGAAUGGAAUAGUUGGACACAUUCAGGACCAAAAUGGAAUUGUGCCAGAAUUUAUAGAAGGUCCAAACUUGUCAAAUGCAGAGAAUCGUUCAAAUGGAAAGAGCUUAACAACCCCAAAUUUUCCAGAUUCUGUCCCCGGUAAUUAUCCUGCUAUGGACUUUUCUAUUUCAUCUACCUACAGAGAAAGUGGUGAAGCAGGGGGUUCCUCUGAAUUGGCAUUUCAACCAAAAGAUUUGACUCCAUUGACUGCUUAUCCAAAUCCUAAUGCUUGUGUGUUUACACAGCCGCAUACAUUGUUGAGAGAGAUGCUAAUUGAGAAUGUGGGGAGUUCAAGAGAUUCUAGUAAUUUCUCUACUUCAGCACUGGGGUUUUUUAUGGAGGGACAUGUCUCUGAAUCUAGUUGCACAAUGUCUUUGUGUUCUGAUCAAGCUCCAAUGCAAACCAUGACUACUAUUCCCCACAUAAUGCCACAUCUCACAGAAAAGCAAGAUGUAAGGACUGUGACGUUUAAGGCACAAUAUAGAGAUAAAAAUAUAAAAUUUCGUCUCUCUCUACCAACUGGAAUUGUCGAAUUGAAGAAACAAGUGACAAAUAGACUGGGAGAGCUUGGCAGCUUCGAGGUCCAUUAUCAUGAUGAUGAUAAUGACUGGAUUUUAAUAGGCUGUGAUACAGACGUAUGGGACUGUUUCGAACUUUCGAGUUCAUCAGGGAAUGAAGUAGUAAGACUAGUGGUUCUUGAUUAGGUUGCCAAUUCCAAGAAUUUCGUAGAAUGCCACAUUACUACAACAUCUAUAUUUCAGAGCUCGUUCAUUGUUUUGGGGAGAUUUUGGUU